UCGCUACGCAGGGAGAGAGAGAGUGAUGCACAUGAUCACCCCACGAUCUUCCCUGAGCCACUCGAUCCUCUCCCCACCAAAUAUCACCCACUCCCGCCCCUCUCUAAGCACCAACCAUCCGACCCACCAUAUCCUCUCUCUCUCUCUCUCUGUGGCGGGCAGAGAGCAAAGGAACCUCGUUUCUUCUUAGAGCAUCCGACGAGAUCGUCCUCUAUUUCCGAGUGAGAGCGGAACGCCUUAUGUUCUACCUUUAUCGCGAUCGGUGCGUUUAGACGGAAAUCGAUUAGUUAGUCUCCUUCACUAUCCCGAUCGUUUCUGCCGCAUCUCGUUUCCGUAACAUUGUUGGUCAUUGUCAAGCAAAAUGCUGAUACUGUGGGAGUGAUGAUGCCAAUGCUAUUGGAUCUCUCGUUGCGAUUGCUUAGCUCUCGGGAUUCAAUGUCAUCUGUCCGCGGCUUGUUGCUGAUGCUGGAUGCCGAAGCUUUGGCAUAAGGAGUACCUUGCAUUGGUUUGUAAUUGCAUCCUCAGCUUAUUGUGACAACUGUUCUGCUUUAAUAAAUUAAGUAAAAUGAAGCUGGGCCUAUUUUCCGCUGAAGUUUUACGUGUGUGCUGACUUGGUGAAAAUCAUCAUAAUGGCUACUGCAGCAGUGGUUGGACUAAGCACAGGGAAGAGGCUUCUAAGUUCUUCAUUCUUCACUCUUGAUUUAGCCGAGAAAAUUUUCCCAAUUCAUGAUCAUGGGGCCACAUACUUUUUUGCAUCUUCUCAAAGGAAUGUCAUUGUUUCGAAAAAAUCUUCCAGUUUCAGCUCCAGGUUUCCAUCUGGUCAGCACAUACAGUCAAUGAAAUCCCUUAAAGAGCACUCUGAUAUGCCAUCUGUUCAUUCUACUACGGAGACAUGCUUUCAAAGUUCAAACUUUUUUGAGCAACAAACAGGAUUGGAUGUUGAAUCUACAUUGGAAGUUCUCAUACUUCUCCAGAAGUCCAUGCUGGAAAAGCAAUGGAACCUUUCACUUGAGCAACAAAGGACAAGUGAUGCAUUAAAAAGGAACUCUAAAGAAAUUGAAGUGACUCGUUCAGGGUUAUCUGCAAGGCAGCGAAGAACCAAUCUGAGGAUGAAGUUACAAAAUCAAGCCAUCUGUAAGAUACCUGCAAGCAAAAGGAGGCAGGUUGGUUCUAAUAUCAACCGAGAAUUGCUGCAGAGUCAUGUACCUGGUUAUCUGAAAGGUAUAUCAAAUGAUGGUUUACUCACCCACACUGAAGUUGUUCACCUAUCAGAGAAGAUCAAGGCUGGGAUGCAUCUUGAGAAACAUAGACAGAGGUUGAAAGAGAGACUGGGAUUUGAGCCUUCUGAUGAACAAAUUGCUUCUUCCUUGAAAAUAUCCCGUGCUGAAUUAAAUUCACAAAUGAUUGAAAGCUCUUUGGCACGAGACAAACUGACAAUGAGUAACGUGCGCCUUGUUAUGUCUAUUGCGCAAAAAUAUGAUAACAUGGGAACUGAAAUGGCCGACCUGAUUCAGGGUGGUCUAAUUGGAUUGCUACGUGGCAUUGAGAAGUUCGACUCCUCGAAGGGUUUCAGGAUCUCGACAUAUGUUUAUUGGUGGAUACGUCAGGGAGUUUCAAGAGCUAUGAUCGAGAACUCAAGGACACUAAGAUUGCCUACCCAUUUGCAUGAAAGAUUAAACUUAAUAAGGAAUGCUAAGACAAGACUGAAAGAGAAGGGAAUAACGCCUUCUGUAGCGAUGAUAGCAGAAAGUUUGAAUAUGUCAGAAAAGAAGAUCACUAAUGCAACAGAGGCAACCAAUAAGAUAUUCUCCCUUGAUAGGGAUGCAUUUCCAUCAUUGAAUGGUCUUCCUGGAGAUACUUUCCAUAGCUACAUUGCAGAUAACAAUCUCACAAACAACCCAUGGCAUGGGGUAGAAGAAUGGUCCCUCAAGGAUGAAGUUAACAGGCUUAUUAGUUCAACACUUGUAGAGCGGGAGCAGGAUAUAGUGCGACUUUACUAUGGAUUGGAUAGAGAAUCACACACAUGGGAGGAUAUUAGCAAACAGAUUGGAUUAUCAAGAGAGAGAGUUAGACAAGUGGGACUUGUUGCCCUGGAGAAGCUGAAGCUUGCAGCCAGAAUGCAGAGGCUUGAGGCUAUGCUGGUUAAACAUUAGUUGGUGGUCAUUUUUUUCGUCCCCAGCGGUCUGGGUUAUUUAUUUAAUAGUUGUAUAUAGCAUACCUCCACCUUUUUCGGCUUUAGGUGAACAUAAAAAACAAAAAAGAAGGUUUCUCGAAGGAGAGGAAUUUUAUCCUUGAGCCUGUCUGCAGGAACUUCAGCAACUAGGCGGCUUGAUGUUAAUACCGGUUUGGGCAGAAGACAGAGAAUGGAAUUAGAUUAGAAAAAACUUGUAUCCUAAAAAGCAACAAGACUGGCUAUAUGUAUGUAAAAUAUAAUUUUUUUUUGUAUUAUAUAAAUAUGUCCUUGCUUCGUGCCUGCAUCAA